AUGGUAGACACAAAAGAGGCCAUCUCAGAAGUUCUCCAAUUCUACUACCAAGACAUUUUCUCCAAAAAGCACAAGGAAGAGUUCUUCAUAGAUAACUUGGAUUGGAAACCAAUCUCAUCCUUGCAUCACUCACAAUUAUGCAAUCCUUUUGAGGAGCAAGAAAUUAAGAAAACUAUCAUGUCUAUUAACAACGAAAAGGCUCCUGGUCUUGACGGUAUUGUCAACAACACCUAUAUUGCUCUUAUCAGCAAAAAGGAAAAGUGUGCUCUCCCAUCCGACUAUAAGCCUAUCAGCUUAACCACUUUCCUUUACAAGAUUAUGGCAAAAUCUCUUGCAAAUAGACUCAAACUUACCCUCACUGAAACUAUUGUUGAAAAGAAAAUGGCUUUUAUCAAGGGAAGACAAAUCACUGAUGCAAUCCUCAUUGCAAAUGAAGCAAUUGACUAG